AUGAAGGCUAAUAAGCAACGGAGGGGUAAAGGGAAAAAACAUAACGACAAACUACAUAAAUUCAUGGUUUCUGUGAACAAUUAUGUGAAGAGUCAUGGCGGUGGCGAGGAAGCAACACAUGACCAGGGACCUAGAUUUAUAAAAAGGAAAAGUCGGAAAGAACUGCGCAAGGAGAAGCGAAAGAUGAAGAAAGCAAAAAUGAAAUGUCACUACAUGGGGAAGCAGCAUCCCAGCAUAGUUCAAGUGCCCGAACCAGCAAAUGAAGCGAAGCAGGGCGAAAAUGUGAAAGAAGCCAAAAAAGCGAAAGAGACAACGAAGAAGGGUUCUGAACCCCCCCAAAAGUCUUCACGAAAACAACCAGAAAACUCUGCAGACGGCGUCAGAGAGAAGCUGAAGAGGAAAAAUGACUCUAAAAAAGUUUCAUUUAAAGAACCAAAGAAGGCUAAAAUGGAGGAAUCAAGAAAACGUGCUUUGUUAGAGGCGAACGUCGCCGAAGACAGAGAAAUAAAGAAAUUGGAACGACAACUUGGGCUCAGCAAGAGAAAAAACAAGCAGACCCUCCCUCAGUCAUUCACCAACGAUGGACUGGAUUAUAUUUUAGGGAUUCUGGAACCAGGAGCGGCGGCGACUGGGCUUUACGAUAGUGACGAUGAUAUGGGUCUCGCUAAAGACCAGAUCAAGAACUUAGAAGACGAGAGUGAUGCUGAGAUGGAAAGCGAAGCGGAGGAAGAUGAUGACAUCUCGGAGAAGAGCGAGGAUGACAGUCAGGAUUAUAUAGAUGACGGGAAAAAAUUGGAUACGAUUGUUGAAGAAGAUGAAGAUGAGGAGAAUGAAAUGAAUGAAGAAGAGGAAGAUGAUGAGGAUGGUGAGGAGGAAGAGGAUGAAUUGGAGGGGGGUGAUGAAGAAGAUGAGGAACUAAUGGAAGAGGAUGAUGAAGAAAGCCCUGCUAUAGCGGGGAAAUACAUUCCCCCUCACCUGCGAGAGGCUGCGGACAGCAAACGCAAAGCGGAGCUCGAGAGACUGAAGAGGACUGUCAAAGGCCUGUUGAACAGGUUGAGUGAGCCCAACAUGGGGUCUAUUAGCAGUCAGUUAGAGGAACUGUACAUGAACUGUAGCAGGAAGGACAUGAACGACACUCUCACCGACGUCCUGUUGGCCGCCUGCGUCACGUCCUCUCUGAUGCCUGACAGGUUGCUAAUGGAACACAUUCUGUUGGUCAGUGUUCUCCACCACACUGUGGGUCUGGAGGUUGGAGCUCAUUUCCUGGAGACGGUGGUCCGCAGGUUUGAUGAGGAGUACCGUCAUACGAGAGACGAUGACGCAGGAGGGAAGGAGUGUGACAACCUGGUGGCUAUGGUCGCCCACUUAUACAACUUCCAGGUGGUGCAUUCCCUGCUCAUCUUCGACUUGCUGAAGCGGCUGGUGGACGGUUUUACGUCGAAGGACAUGGAGCUGGUGCUGUUCCUGCUGAAGAACGUAGGGUUCGCUCUGAGGAAAGACGACCCUCUCGCCCUCAAAGAGCUUAUUGCUGAAGCCCAGAAAAAAGCCAGUGCUGCUGGACCGAAGUUCCAGGAUCAGACCAGGGUGCGUUUCAUGCUGGAGACCAUGCUGGCUCUGAAGAAUAAUGACAUGCGGAAGAUUCCAGGUUACAACCCAGAACCUGUGGAGAAACUCAGGAAGCUGCAGAGGAGUCUGAUCCACCACAGCUCCAGUGGCAGUGACGUCAAGCUCAGAGUUACCCUGCAGAACCUCCUGGAGGCUGAGGAGGUGGGACGAUGGUGGAUAGUGGGGUCCUCCUGGAGUGGGGCGCCCAUGAUUGGUGACCAGGGUAACAAGACCACCCCUCAGCCUGUUGCAGGGAGCCAGUUCAGUGCUAAAGUGUUGGAGCUGGCCCGUAAGCAGAGGAUGAACACAGACAUCAGGAGGAACAUCUUCUGUGUGCUCAUGACCAGUGAGGAUUAUCUGGAUGCCUUUGAGAAGCUUCUCAGACUGGGGCUGAAGGACCAGCAGGAGCGGGACAUAGUUCAUGUGUUGUUGGACUGCUGUCUGCAGGAGAAGAGCUUUAAUGCUUUCUACGCCGUGCUGGGGGAGAAAUUCUGCAGUCACGACAGACGCUUCCAGAUGACCUUCCAGUUCAGCCUAUGGGAUAAAUUUAAAGAUCUGGCCAAUCUCUCCAGCAGUUCAUUCAGUAACCUGGUCCAGCUGGUCACUCACUUCCUACAUAGGAAAUGUCUCUCUCUCUCCAUUCUCAAGGCUAUAGAAUUUGGUGAGCUGGAUAAACCCAAAGUGAAGUUUCUUAAACAGGUCCUCAUUAAACUCUUGAAGGAGACGGAACCAGAGGACCUGAUCAAUAUAUUUGGAAGAAUCUCGGGCAUUCCCAAGCUGGGAAUGCUGCGGGAAGGCUUGAAGCUUUUUAUCAGCCACUUCCUGCUGAAGAACGCUCAGGCACUGGGAACAGCUGAGCAAUCCAGACUGCUGACUGAACGGGCAGAGGUCGCCUCCAAAGCCAUGGAGGCCCGAGACACUAAACUCAAACUGUAAAACACGCACACAUACAAACACACAACACACGCACAGGCUCACAGAGGACCUUCUCGAAAAGCACCGGGAAAAAAAAAACAGAUUUGAAAGAUCUUGUUCUAGGAUUUUGGCAACAUCUCUCCCAUGUUCUCUCUUUUCGUUUAUGUGUGUUUGUGUGUGUUUGUGUGUGUGUGUGUGUGUGAGUGUGUGUGUGUGUGAGUGUGUGAGGGUUGUUGUGCUGCACAAUAAGAGAGGAUUUGAUUGAGUAAGUAUAUUCUGGAUGAGACUGUUUUGUAAACACAGAAUUU